GUUCCUGGGAUAAUCCUUUACACGGGGGUUCCUGGGAUAAUCCUUGACACAGGGGUUCCUGAGAUAAUCCUUUACAUGAGGUUCCUGGGAUAAUCCUUUACACAGGGUUCCUGGGAUAAUCCUUAACACAGGGUUCCUGGGAUCAUCCUUUACACAGGGUUCCUGGGAUCAUCCUUUACACAGGGUUCCUGGGAUCAUCCUUUACACAGGGGUUCCUGGGAUCAUCCUUUACACAGGAUUCCUGGGAUCAUCCUUUACACGGGGUUCCUGGGAUCAUCCUUUACACAGGAUUCCUGGGAUCAUCCUUUACACGGGGUUCCUGGGAUCAUCCUUUACACGGGGUUCCUGGGAUAAUCCUUUACACGGGGUUCCUGGGAUAAUCCUUUACACGGGGUUCCUGGGAUAAUCCUUUACACAGGGUUCCUGGGAUAAUUAAUCUGUCAUUGUAUUGUAGGUUUUUAAAGUAGCUGGUUACUUCUGUCUUCAGUUGAAUUCUCUGUGAAAAGCGCCACACCAGCGUUUACUCGUUGAUUUGAUUGAUUGCUUGACCAGCUGAUUGAUUGAUUAUCCCACCAAUAAAAACUCACUGAUCUCCCUCCCUCUCUCUCUCUUUAGGAACAAGGUGUGGUGGGAAUGUCACGGCAGCCCGGUGCCGUCCCUCCCCCUCACCCUUCCGGGGGUGUGGCCUCGGGCACGGGGCCCAAUCAGGGCGCAGGGGCGCCUCCCGGUUACCUGGGCAACCAGCAGCAGGCAGCCAUUAUGAAACAGAUGAUGGUGAUGGAGCAGGAGAAGAGAGUUCAGCUCCACAUGAUGGAACAACAGAAACAACAGCUACUGAGAGAACAGAGACAGCAGCAACAACAGCUACUACUGGCUGAACAGCUCCAGCAGCAGCAACAGCAUCUCCCCAGACAGAUGGUCCAGGGUCAGAGAAACCCCUACCCACAGGUCAACCAGUAUCAAGGAUCACCCCAGGAGAUGGCGGUGAGGAGCCAGGCCCUCCAGAACAUCCGCGCCACCCGCCUCCUCCAACAACAACAACAACAACAACAACAGAACCAGCAGAUGGUCCAGAUGAACCAGGGCAUCCCAGGGGGCUCGGUGGGUCCCCAACCCGACAUGGGCCUCCCCUACGGCGUGCAGGGAGCCGGCCAGCAGUCCCUCUACAGCCUCAACCCCUCCAUGAGCCAAAUGAUGCAGCACCAGAACCAAAGCGUCCAGGCCUCCAUGGGUCUUCCACCAGGACACAACCCAGCGGCGCAGGUCCAGAGGCAGGCGGGAGGAGGGGUUGGAGGUGGAGGAGGAUACGGAGGACCACAGGGGAUGAUGAUGAACUCCAUGUCCCAGCAGCCCCUCAAGGGGCCGCCCAAAGCCCAGGCCCAGAGGUUGCAGGGCAUGCUGGGAAUUGGAGGAGGACCGGGAGGAGGAGGACCACAGGGAGGGAUGGGAGGGUGGCCACCCCAGCAGGGGCAGUCCCUCCAGGGGAUGGGAGGGCCAGGAGGGGUAGGAGGACCAGGCAGGACUACAGGCGAUAUGGUGGGCUUUGGCUCGGCCCAGGGGGGCUACGGCUCCAUGCAGCCUGGACCCGGACAACAGCCUCCACACCCACGCCUGGCCAAGCAACACUUCCCUGUGCACCCACAGGGCCACCCCCAGGCUAUGGGUCAGGGCCAGCCUAUGGACCCCAGGGCUAUGAACCCUGCGGCCGGCAUGGCCGGGCCCAUGAUUGCCCCUCACAUGGCUGGACCAGGACAGCCAAGGACCAACCAGCCCAGACCCAUGGUAAUGCCGGGACAGGGGGUGAUGGGCCAGGGCGUGCCCAACAUGGGGGCCUUUGGACAGGGGCCGGCAAUGGGGGUGGGCCCUGGAGGUGGUGGAGGGUAUGUGGGACAAGGAGGGGUAGGGGUCGGAGGUCAGCCUCAGGGCUACCAGAGGACGUCUAGUCAGGACCUGUCAUCUUAUGGAUACGUUGGCGGGCAGGUGGCGCCGUCGGGCGGAGGGUUCGGAUUGGCCGACGGGACAGGGGCGGACUUGGACUCAAGUGACGGUUGGAUGGAAGAGUUCUUCCCCAACCAAUAGCAGAGCUGGAAAUGUAGUGGAGAGUUUUUACUGGAGGGACUAACGACAAACUGCGUUGGGAAAACUUUAUUGAGACGAGAGAACUGGACAGACAGACGGACAGUCGGCAUAUUUUGUUUUGUAAAGCAUGAACGGACAGGAAGAGUUCUGUGUCGUGUAUUUAUGUGUGGGUGUGUGUGUGAGUGUGUGUGUGUGUACUGUCACGGUAUUUAAAAGGCCUCUAAUGGUAAACGCGGUCUGGUGGUUGUGAAAUAUCAUUCAAGAAAGGGAAGUGAUUUUGGUUUUGUCCUUUUGGGCCGUGAUUUAAACCCAACCCUUUAGCAGUGUGUCAACUGGGCCGUUCAUACAGGAGAGACAGGAGACUGACUACAAGACAGGAGACUGACUACAAGACAGGAGACUGACGACAAGACAGGAGACUGACUACAAGACAGGAGACUGACUACAAGACAGGAGAGACAGGAGACUGACUACAAGACAGGAGAGACAGGAGACUGACUACAAGACAGGAGAGACAGGAGACUGACUACAAGACAGGAGACUGACUACAAGACAGGAGACUGACUACAAGACAGGAGACUGACUACAAGACAGGAGAGACAGGAGAGACAGGAGACUGACUACAAGACAGGAGACUGACUACAAGACAGGAGAGACAGGAGAGACAGGAGACUGACUACAAGACAGGAGACUGACUACAAGACAGGAGAGACUGGACACUGACUACAAGACAGGAGAGACAGGAGACUGACUACAAGACAGGAGAGACAGGAGACUGACUACAAGACAGGAGAGACUGGACACUGACUACAAGACAGGAGAGACAGGAGACUGACUACAAGACAGGAGAGACAGGAGACUGACUACAAGACAGGAGAGACAGGAGACUGACUACAAGACAGGACACUGACUACAAGACAGGAGAGACAGGAGACUGACUACAAGACAGGAGAGACAGGAGACUGACUACAAGACAGGAGAGACUGGACACUGACUACAAGACAGGAGAGACUGGACACUGACUAC